AUGGGAGUUUUGCAAGAAGAAAAUGUAAGCAAUUCUGCUUUGCCAUUGUUAUCUCUAAACCAUGUAUCAUACAUUUGUAAGUCAGUUACAGAAUCAGCUAAGUUUUAUCAAGAUGUUCUUGGUUUUGUUCUCAUUAAAAGACCUUCUUCUUUCCAAUUUGAAGGAGCAUGGUUAUUCAGCUAUGGAAUUGGGAUUCACUUGUUACAAUGUAAUUCAAUUAAUGAUGUCCAACAAAUGCCAGCAAAAAUCAACCCUAAAGAUAACCACAUUUCUUUCCAAUGUACAGACGUUGAACUUGUAAAGAAGAGACUAGGAGAAAUGGGGAUGAAGUACGAAACUGCUCUCGUUGAAGAGGGUGGCGUUUUCGUUGAUCAACUCUUCUUCCAUGAUCCAGAUGGUUAUAUGAUUGAAAUUUGCAAUUGUGAAAACAUCCCCAUUCUUCCUCUAUCUGCAAGUGCAUGUCCUCUUAAGAAGCCCCAAAUCCAAUCUUAUGUAAAUGACAAGAAGAGUAAUCCGCAACGAUCUAUGGCCACCACAAAAGCGCUUAAUGCCGCAGAGAUGGAAACGCGGAUGGUGGAAAGCUUGUUUGCCAGCAUGAUUGAUAUUGCCUUGUAG